UAAAAUAUAAAUAAAAAACCGAAAAAAAGAAAACCAGAGAAAAAUUACCCAACUUUUUUGAACGGACCUCGCAAGCAGUUAAUACUUUUUAGAUGUCUGCCCUAAUGGCCAGCAUUUUGAAAUUAUUGUUUUUAUGUGCGUUGGCGCAUAGCGCAAAUGGCUUGGCUUUGUCACCCAAUGUUGUGCCAAAAACCUAUGAAACAACUACCGAUCCUCCGGCUACCCUGCCGCGUACGGUUAUGCCGUUAAUUCAUAAUUAUCCCGAAUACUUAAUAGUACGCGGCGAGUUUUCUUCUCGCGAGAAUCAGGAAUUCCACAAGGCCGCUUCAAUGCUAAUAAAAUCGUAUGAACAAAAGCCUAAUACCGUUUCCAUUCAGAGUGAUGAUGAACUUGAGCUGUGCAAUUCACCCAAGCAUAAGGCGACAUUCUCCCUUUAUGAUUAUGCGGUUUUAUUGGGCAUGUUAGUGAUCUCAUUGGGUAUAGGAGUUUUUUAUGGUUUUUGCAAAAAAUCCGGCAGUUCAUCGAAUGAAUUUUUACUUGGUUCCGAAAUGAGCAUAUUUCCCGUCACAUUAAGUUUGACAACAAGUUUCAUAACGGCGAUCGAAUUGUUAGGCAAUCCGGCCGAAAUGUAUUUCCAGGGUACACAAUUCGUAUUGAUAGUUAUUCCUAUGAUUUUGGUUAUACCUAUUGCGGUGAAGAUUUUCUAUCCGAUUUAUUUUAAAAUGGAACUGACCAGCUGCUAUGAAUUUUUGGGUAUACGCUUUGGCAAGGAAAUACGUAUUAUGGGCGGCGUCUUAUAUGUCAUUCAGAUGUGUUUUUAUACGGCUGUAGCUGUACUGGCACCUGCUAUAGCUCUUUCUAAAGCGACCGGUUUGGAUACUAAAAUUGCUGUGAUAUUGAUUUAUUUAGUUUGUAUUUUCUAUUCGUCGCAAGGCGGUAUGAAAGCGGUAGUAAUAGCCGAUACAUUUCAGGCGGCGGUUUUAGGUAUAUCUCUAGUAUUGGUCAUUGCCUUAGGUUGUUUUUACAGCGGCACACCAGAGGAAAUUUUUACUACCGCAGCUGAUGGGGAGCGCGUAGAAUUUUUCAAUUUCAAUAUGGAUCCUACAACGCGUCAUAGCGUUUGGUCGGUAGUGAUUGGCGGCUUUUUUUAUUGGACCUCUUUGUUCUGCACCAAUCAGGCAUCCGUACAGAAAUGCAUGUCAUUGAAAUCUUUAAAAUUAGCGAAAGUGGCCUUGGGUUUCGCGAUUCUCGGUCUAGUGAUCGUAUUUUUAUUAAAUUUCUAUACCGGAUUAAUGGUUUAUAAUCAUUACGUUGAAUGCGAUCCUUUGCUCUCCGAACGCAUAACAGCUAACGAUCAAUUACUACCCUAUUACAUAAUAAAUACAUACGAGCAUAUAUACAGUAUCGCAGGAAUAUUUGUUGCGGGCAUAUUUGCCGCUAGCUUGGGUACCGUGGCUUCGGCUUUAAAUUCAUUGUCGGCCGUUACCUGUGAAGAUUUGUUAGUGAGUGGCUUGAAUGUGAAAAUUUCGCCGGAUAAAGGUGCCUUCUAUGCCAAGUGGAUGUCUUUAGGUUAUGGCGUCUUAUCAUUCGGUUUGGUAUUCAUUGUCGAGCAUUUAGGCGGUGUACUGCAGGCCACUUUAACGCUAAACGGCUUGGUCGGCGGUGUUACGCUGGGUCUUUUCGUUUUGGGAAUUGCUUUCAAACAAGCCAAUACUAAAGGGGCCUUCUACGGUGGACUCAUAUCAUUGAUCAUAGUUAUCUUCAUUGGUGUUAUAGCACAAAUUGCUAACGUCAAUUCUAACGCUUUGUCAUUAUCGAUCGAAAAUUGCAAUUGUCUUGUCAAUAGUACUGCAACUCUAAUGCCACGUCUCAGCGAGCAAUUUGAAAAUGAAUCCUCAGGCUUCACUUCUUGGUCUAUUUUUCGUCUAAGCUAUAUGUGGUAUUCCAUGCUGGGCUGUUUACUUACGCUCGUAUUGGGUCUCUUAAUAUCUUGCAUUAUUAAUUUCACGCAGAAACGUCGUAUUCUGAAGUUGGAUUCGUCGAAAACAAUCUUUAAUUCAAACAUACCGAAUGAUAUUAACGGUAAUGGGAAAAUAUCCGUCUCGACUAUUACCGUACCAGUGCCAUUAAAAUCUCCCACCGUUACUACUAGUGAGACUAACUGUUGUCAUAUUAAUCAUGCCGUGCGCCUGGAUGACGAAUAACUGGCAUUGUAGUCGAACUGUUUUCUUUUUUUUUUUCUUUUUUUUUUCCUCCAACGUACAAAUUAUUCUUCGUAGUGUAAUUUUCGAUUUUGUGAUUUUCAUAGAUAUACAUAGAUUCGUCAGUAGCACUUUUCGCUCACCUUCUUUUCUUUUUUUUUUUUUUUCUUUGAUAGCUCAUUAGUUUUUAAAUUAAUUUCGAAUAAUGUUUGUAUUGCAAUUCGGAAAACGAAUUUAGUUUUUAAUUUCUAUGUUUUCAGUAUUUAUGUACACCUUGAUAUAUAUUUCUAUUUAUAAGGAAUUUAUUUU